CAUCACAAAACCAAAAACAAUCAAUCAUUUAGCCUUGAUGAUGGUUCCCACAAUAUUUUAUAUCCUUCCCUUCUUAUAUCUUUUCAUAGUUAUAACUUUUGCUUCCACUGAGGAAGCAACUGCUCUUCUUAAAUGGAAAGCAACAUUCCUAAACCAGAACAAUUCCUUACAGGCUUCAUGGACACUAAGUAGUCCUGCUGGUACCAAGAAUUCUUCCAGAAUUGAAGCGACGAGUUCUGAUGCAUGCAGGGGCUGGUAUGGAGUUGUAUGCGUUAAUGGUCGGGUUAACAGGUUGAAUAUUACAAAUGCUAGUGUCAUUGGCACACUGUAUGAUUUUCCAUUUUCAUCACUCCCUUUUCUUGAAUAUGUUGAUCUUAGUAUGAACCAGCUCUCUGGCACCAUCCCACCUGAAAUUGGUAAGCUCGCUAAUCUUGUCUAUCUUGACUUGUCUAUCAAUCAGAUUUCGGGCACAAUCCCACCACAAAUCAGUUCACUAACAAAGCUUGAGACCCUCCACAUCUUUAGCAACCAAUUAAAUGGUUCCAUUCCGAGGGAAAUAGGUCGCCUAAGGUCUCUUACUGAUCUAGCUUUGAGUUCUAACUUUCUUAGUGGUUCAAUUCCUGCUUCAUUGGGGAAUUUGAACAAUUUGUCUUUUUUGCAUCUUUAUAAUAAUAAGCUUUCUGGCUCCAUUCCUUCAGAAAUAGGAGAACUUGUCAAUCUUGUUGAAGCUUAUAUUAGUAGAAACCAAUUAACAGGUCAUAUUCCUCCAGAAAUAGGUAAUUGGAUCAAUGCAAAAGUGUUCUAUGCUUUUUCCAAUAACUUGUCUGGUCCCAUUCCUGAUGAAAUUGGGAAAAUGAAGUCACUUGAGAACUUAAGCUUCCAGACAAACAAUCUUUCUGGUCCAAUUCCCAAAACAAUAGGUGACUUAACUGAGCUCAAACUCUUGCACCUUUAUUCCAACCAACUUUCUGGUCCCAUUCCUAGUGAGUUGGGGAAUCUGAAAAAAUUGAAUGAUCUGCAAUUAUCCACUAAUCGACUUACCGGUCCAAUUCCUGGUUCAUUUGGCAAUUUGAGAAACUUGCAAUUUCUGUAUCUCCGUGAGAACAAACUUUCUGGUGGGAAACUUGAGAACUUCACGGUGAAUAGUAACAAGCUGACAGGGCCAAUACCAAGAAGCUUUAGCAAGUGCUCGAGUUUCAAAAGAGUUCGGUUGGAUAACAACAGUUUUACUGGGAAUUUAUCUGAAGCUUUUGGCAUCCAUCCACACCUUUACUUCAUUAAUUUGAGCGAAAAUGAUUUUCAUGGUGAACUCAGCAGCAACUGGGGGAAAUGCAAGAGUUUGACUGAUUUGCGGGUUGCCAGAAAUAACAUUAGUGGUAGCAUACCACCGGAGAUUGGAAACCUCAAAGGGCUUCAAGGACUUAAUCUUUCAUCCAAUCAUUUGGUUGGACAGAUACCUAGGGAAUUAGGAAAAUUAACCUCUCUGGUUAAUCUUCUUUUGCCAAACAACCAAAUUUCUGGCAAUAUUCCUAUGGAACUUGGGUUACUGACAAAGUUAGAUUACCUUGAUCUUUCAGACAAUAGAUUGAAUGGUUCGAUCCCAACGUUUAUAGGAGAUUACCAUCACCUGUUUCACUUGAACCUGAGCAACAACAAAUUUGGCCAAAAUAUUCCGAAGGAGAUAGGGGGUAUAACUCAACUUAAUGUACUUGAUUUGAGCCAUAAUGUUCUGGUUGGAGAAAUACCCCCUCAGUUAACCAAUUUGAAGGUCUUGGAAAGCUUAAAUAUUUCCCACAACGGCCUUUCUGGCCACAUUCCUGAAGAAUUUGAAAGUUUGACUGGUUUGCAGGAUGUUGUCUUGUCAUACAAUGAGUUGGAAGGUCCAAUCCCUAAUAAUAAAGCUUUCAUGAAUGCCUCAUUAGAAGGUAAUAAAGGUCUUUGUGGCAAUGUGACUGGAUUCCAACCUUGCGAAAGGCCAUCUUCUAUUGUGAAGAAGCACUCAAUGGCGAAGGGACUUAAACUCAUCCUCAUCACUGUACUUCCUGUUAUGGGAGCACUAGUACUACUCUGUGCUUUCAUUGGUGUUCUCUUUAUGUGUAAUAAAAGAAGGAGAGUUAGAGACGUUGAAAGAAGGGAUUCCAGUGAUGAUGUUGAUGGUUUGAUUUCCAUAUCCACAUUAAAUGGAAAUGCAUUGUACUGGGAUAUCUUAAAAGCCACAAAGGAGUUUGAUGCAAUGUUUUGCAUCGGAAAAGGAGGGUCUGGAAGCGUUUACAAGGUAAAGCUUCCAACGCUUGAGAACGUAGCUGUGAAGAGACUUCAUUCUUCAUUUGAGGUUACCCAUCGCAAAAGCUUCAUGAAUGAGAUAAGGUCAUUGACAAGGAUCAAGCAUCGCAACAUUGUGAAACUCUAUGCCUUCUGUUCAAAUGCACAACACUCAUUCUUGGUUUACGAGUACAUGGAGAAGGGUAGCUUGUCUAGUAUUUUGAGCAAUGAAGUAGAGUCCAAGAAAUUGGAUUGGCUUACAAGGGUGAAUGUCAUCAAAGGUGUUGCUUAUGCUUUAUCUUACAUGCACCAUGAUUGCUCACCCCCGAUUGUUCAUCGAGACAUAUCAAGCAGUAAUGUUUUGCUUGAUUCCGAGUAUGAAGCUCGUGUUUCAGAUUUUGGCAUAGCUAAGAUUCUUAAGCCAGACUCAUCCAAUUGUACUGCACUUGCAGGCACAUAUGGGUAUGUAGCACCAGAGCUUGCCUAUACAAUGAAGGUGACGGAAAUGUGUGACGUCUAUAGCUUUGGAGUAUUAGCAUUGGAGGUAAUCAAAGGAAAGCAUCUUGGGGAAUACAUUACUGUGCUAGCAAAUUCAUCGACUAGAGAUCAUGUGCAGCUUAGCGAUUUGCUGGAUGAACGCCUUCCAUAUCCUGAAGAUGGAGUAAAAGAGGUUUUGGUUUUUAUCAUCAAGCUAGCAAGCUCAUGUUUGCUUGAAACUCCAAAAUCAAGGCCAACAAUGCACUUCAUCUCCAGUAUGUUGUCAAUGGAUCCACCUGUUUCUCAAAUAACCUCUAUGAAGGCGAAAAGCAUCUCCGAGAUGUAAGGUGUCUAUGUAUGGGGGAAAAAAAGAGCAAGUUUUGACACCAAGUGGUUGUGAAGUAAGAAUAAGAAGCUAUUAUUACUGGGACUAGUAUUUGUGUAUUUUAUUGUUAGUUGUGCUUAUCUAGUUUAGUGUUUCAACCUGAAGGAUUCUGAGCUCUUGUA